AUGCUCUUCAACUGGACCGUCGUCGACUCGUGCUUCCUCACGUCGUCGUGGCACGUGCGCUCGGUCGGCGCGUUCGCGGCCAGCGUCAUCGGCGUCUUCUUCAUGGUCCUCGCGCACGAGGCCGUGCGCCGCCUCGGGCGCGAGUACGACCGGUCGAUCCGCACGGCCUACUAUCGCCGCGAGGCGCUCGCGCUCGCCGCGCUCGCCAAGAACCAGGGCAAGGAGAUUGCGCUGUCGGCGCCGUUCCGGCCGUCCAACAAGGAGCACGCGGUCCGGUCGCUGUUCUACUUUGUCCAGUUCGGCGUCGCCUACAUUCUCAUGCUCCUCGCCAUGUACUUCAACGUCGCGAUCCUCAUGGCCAUCAUUGGCGGCGGCGGCGUCGGCCACUUCCUCUUUGCGCGCGACACGGCGACGGACGCGUCGACGGCGUACGAGGCGUCCAAGGACGAGUGUUGCUGCUAG